AUGUCUCUCACGAAUGCUGAUGAAACUGUUACUUACGAUGCGCUGAUCGUCGGUGCUGGUGUCAUAGGGCCAUGUGUUGCUACCGCGCUUGCCAGAAAGGGUAAGAAGGUGCUGAUUGUCGAGCGUGAGUGGUCUCAGCCAGACAGAAUCGUCGGUGAGCUGAUGCAACCAGGUGGUCUGCGUGCUCUGAGGUCUCUGGGUAUGAUCCAGUCCAUCAACAACAUCGACGCUUACCCAGUCACCGGUUACACCGUCUUCUACAACGGUGAGCACGUCGACAUCCCAUACCCUUACAAGGCUGACUUGAAGCCAGUCGAGAAGUUGCCAGGCUUGGUCCGCGACGGUAACGACAAGGUCCUGGAGGAUGCCACCGUCCACAAGAAGGACUUCGAGGACGACGAGAGAGAAAGAGGUGUCGGUCUGGUCCACGGUAGAUUCCUGAACAACUUGAGAAACAUCUGCGCCGCUGAGCCAAACGUCACCAGACUACAGGGUAACGUCGUCGAGAUCUUGAAGGACAAGAAGAACGAAGUCGUCGGUGCCAAGGUCGACGUCGACUCCCGUGGUAAGGUCGACUUCAAGGCCCACUUGACCUUUGUCUGUGACGGUAUCUUCUCCCGUUUCAGAAGAGAACUACACCCAGACCACGUCCCAACCGUCAACUCCUCUUUCGUCGGUAUGUCCCUAUACCACGCCCACAUGCCUCAUGACAUGCACGGUCACGUCAUCCUAGGUGACAAGCACAUGCCAAUCUUGGUUUACCAAAUCUCCCCAGAAGAAACCAGAAUCCUGUGUGCUUACAACGCUCCAAAGGUCCCAACCGACUUGAAGUCAUGGAUGACCAAGGACGUCCAACCAUACAUUCCAAAGACUCUAAGACCAUCCUUCGACGACGCUUUGGCCCAAGGCAAGUUCAAGCCAAUGGCCAACUCUUGGUUGCCAGCUAGACAAAACGACGUCACCGGUCUGUGUGUCAUCGGUGAUGCCCUAAACAUGAGACACCCUCUAACCGGUGGUGGUAUGACCGUCGGUCUAAACGAUGUUGUCCUAUUGAUCAAGAAGAUUGGUGACUUGGACUUCAGCGACCGUGAGAAGGUCUUGGACGAAUUGCUAGAUUACCACUUCGAAAGAAAGAACUACGACGCCGUUGUCAACGUCUUGUCUAUUUCCCUAUACUCCCUAUUCGCCGCCGACAGCAAAAACUUGAAGGCUCUACAAAAGGGUUGUUUCAAGUAUUUCCAACGUGGUGGUGACUGCGUCAACUUGCCAGUCGCUUUCCUGGCUGGUGUCCUACCAAAGCCAUUGCUAUUGACCCGUGUGUUCUUCGCCGUCGCUUUCUACACCAUCUACUUGAACAUGGAAGAACGUGGUUUCCUAGGUCUGCCAAUGGCUCUAUUGGAAGGUAUCAUGAUCUUGAUCACCGCCAUUAAAGUCUUCACUCCAUUCUUGGUUCGUGAAUUGAUCGGUUAA